AUUCUUUCACACAAAAUUUCCAUCUUCAUAAUCACUUUCAAUUCUGUCACUUAAAACCCUACUUUCCCAUUUUAGUAUGUUCAUCCAGUAGUUUUUAGAAACGGAAAACUAUAUACAUAUAGAGAGAAAAGCUGUAAAUGAGAUGGGUUUUUUUCAACUUCUAAUCUAUGCAUUAGCAGUUUCAUCAUUUACUAUCAAUGCUGAUGAAUCUCUCAAUUUAAACGACGACGUUUUAGGACUAAUAGUCUUCAAAUCCUCUAUCAAUGACCCAUCAUCACAUCUAUCCUCAUGGAAUCAAGAUAAUGAAACCCCAUGUUCUUGGAAGUUCAUAACAUGCAAUCCAGUAACGGGCCGGGUCACGGGCCUCUCUCUAGACGGGCUAAAUCUUUCAGGAAAGAUUGGUAGAGGGCUAGAAAAGUUGCAAAACCUUAAGGUACUAUCACUUGCUAAUAACAACUUCACAGGAUCCAUUGACCCUCAACUAUCACUUCUUGCCAACCUUGAAAACCUUAACCUUAGUCGAAACAGUUUUUUGGACCGAAUCCCGAGUUCUUUAAUGAACUCGAGUACCAUAAAGUUUCUAGAUUUAUCACAAAACUUAUUAUCUGGACCAGUUCCAGAUGACUUGUUUUUAAAUUGUGUUUCUCUUAGAUCACUUUCCUUAUCAGGAAAUAAUCUUGAAGGUCCACUUCCUAGCUCACUUUCCAAAUGCACAACCUUAAAUCAUCUUGAUCUUUCCAAUAAUCGAUUUUCAGGUAAUCCGGAUUUCUUAUCGGGUAUUUGGUCAUUGACCCGGAUUCGUGUAUUGGAUCUUUCUCACAAUUCCUUUUCGGGUUCAAUACCUACUGGUGUAGUUGCAUUGCAUGAUUUGAAAGAACUUUCCUUACAAGGAAACCAAUUUUCAGGAGCUUUACCUUCUGAUAUUGGUUUAUGCCCACAUUUAAAGAAGCUAGAUUUAAGCAAUAAUCUCUUCACAGAAUCAAUUCCUCAAUCUUUCCAUGCACUUUCUUCUUUAAAUUAUCUAAAUCUAGCUAACAACGCAUUAACCGGUGAAUUUCCUCAAUGGAUUGGAAGUUUGGGAGCACUAGAAUACUUGGAUUUCUCUGAAAACGGAUUGACUGGAAUCCUUCCGGAAUCAAUGGGCAAAUUACCAUCAUUGAGUUAUUUAAGCCUCUCUGAUAAUAGUUUAAGUGGGAGCAUUCCAUUGUCAUUAUCUUACUCUAGUAAACUGUCAACAAUUUCAUUAAAAAGGAAUAGGUUCAAUGGUAGUAUUCCUGCAGGUUUAUUCGAGCUUGGGUUUGACCAAAUUGACUUAUCCAGAAACGAGCUUACGGGUUCUGUUCCUCCGGGUUCAAGUAAACUCUAUGAGACUCUUCAGGUUCUAGAUCUUUCAGGGAACCAGCUUACGGGCGAUAUCCCAGCUGAAAUAGGACUGAACUCUAAGUUAAGAUACUUGAACUUGUCAUGGAAUAAUUUUGAGACAAGCAUGCCGCCAGAGUUGGGCUACUUUCAGAAUCUAACUGUAUUAGAUCUCCGGAAUGCUGCGUUUCAUGGGUCCAUUCCUAGCGAUAUUUGUGAUUCGGGCACUCUUGGAAUCCUUCAACUUGAUGGAAACUCUUUCACAGGAUCAAUACCUGAGGAGAUCGGAAAUUGUUCUUUACUCUACUUACUGAGUAUGUCUCACAACAGUUUGAAUGGCUCCAUUCCAAGAUCAAUGUCACAACUGAAAAAGCUAAAGAUUUUGAAGCUAGAAUACAACCAACUGGCAGGUGAAAUACCACAAGAGCUUGGUGAAUUAGAAAACCUUCUGGCUGUAAACAUAUCUUACAACAGGUUACAAGGAAGACUUCCUUCUGGGGGCAUAUUUCAAAGCUUAGAAGCAAGUUCUAUGGAAGGCAAUUUAGGUAUUUGCUCACCAUUGUUGAAAGGACCGUGUAAGAUGAACGUACCAAAGCCUCUAGUUCUUGACCCAUUUGCAUUUGGGAAUCAAAAUGGACAACAUGAAGGCGGAGCAAGAGGUGAUGAAUCGUCAAGUAGUUUCAAGCAACAUCAUUUUCUAAGUAUCUCAGCCAUUGUUUCGAUAUUCGCAGCUGUUGUGAUCUCCAUUGGGGUUUUGGUAAUUAGCUUACUCAAUAUCUCGGCUAGAAGACGGCUUGCAUUUGUUAAUGAUGCACUUGAGAGUUGUUCGAGUUCUUCACGCUCUGGAGCCAGUUUAUCUAUGGGGAAGCUUGUUUGGUUUGAUUCAAAAACCAACCCUGAUAAUUAUUGCAUUGCAAACCCUGAAGUUUUCAUAAAAACGGCGAACGAGAUAGGCAGUGGAGUGUUUGGAACUGUCUAUAAAACUCCAAUAGGAGAAGAUGGUGGUGAUGCUUUAGCUAUCAAGAAUCUUGUUGUGUCGAAUAUGAUUCAGUAUCCUGAAGAUUUUGAUAGAGAGGUUCGGGUUUUAGGAAAAAUAAGACACCCAAAUCUUGUGUCACUUAAAGGGUACUACUGGACUCCAAAAGUGCAGCUUUUAGUGACCGAUUAUGUACCAAAUGGGAGCUUACAAGCAAAACUCCACGAAAGGUUGCCUUCAAGUCCACCUCUGUCAUGGCUUAGCCGAUUUAAGAUUCUUCUGGGAACCGCAAAAGGACUUGCUCAUUUACACCACUCGUUUCGUCCUCCAGUUAUUCACUACAACAUCAAGCCCAGUAACAUUCUUCUCGACGACAAUUUGAACCCAAAGAUAUCUGACUUUGGGUUGACCCGAAUUUUGUCAAGGCUAGAUAAGCAUGUCAUGAGCAACCGCUUUCAAAGUGCAUUAGGCUACGUGGCUCCGGAACUUGCAUGCCAAAGUUUACGUGUCAAUGAGAAAUGUGAUGUAUAUGGGUUCGGGGUAUUGAUAUUGGAGAUCGUGACAGGGAGACGACCGAUUGAGUAUGGGGAAGAUAACGUGUUGAUACUUAACGAACACGUGAAGAUUCUGUUGGAAGAAGGGAAUGUAUUGGAGUGUGUUGAUGAAAGUAUGGGAGAGUAUGCGGAAGAAGAAGUGUUGCCUGUUUUAAAACUUGCAUUGGUGUGUACUUCUCAAAUACCUUCUAGCAGGCCAACAAUGGCAGAAGUAGUUCAAAUAUUACAAGUUAUCAAGACACCAAUUCCACAUAGGAUGGAAGCUUAUUAGAUUUUAUAGGAUUGUAAUUUGAUUUUGGUUGGUUGUUCUGUAAUUUGUUAUUAUGUUACUCUUGUAUGGAUGAUUUCAAACCUUUCAGUACUUCAUCCAAUAUGAUCUAAGUUCCUUAAUUUUGGGACAAGGUUACUCCA